AUGGCCCCCAAGAAGCCCGUCCAAGAGGAGAAGAUCCUUUUGGGUCGCCCUGGGAACAACUUGAAGAGCGGCAUUGUUGGACUGGCAAACGUUGGCAAGUCCACGCUCUUCCAGGCCAUUACCAAGUGCAACCUGGGAAACCCCGCCAAUUUCCCAUAUGCCACCAUUGAUCCAGAGGAGGCUCGUGUCAUCGUCCCCGAUGAGCGGUUCGAUUGGCUGUGCGAAAAGUACAAGCCUAAAUCCAAGGUUCCUGCCAAUCUCACAGUCUAUGACAUCGCCGGCUUGACCCGUGGUGCCUCCACCGGCGCUGGCCUUGGCAACGCUUUCUUGUCGCACAUCAGGGCCGUCGAUGCUAUCUUCCAGGUUGUUCGUUGCUUCGAUGACGCAGAGAUUAUCCACGUUGAGGGCGACGUCAACCCGGUGCGAGAUCUUGACAUUAUCAGCGAGGAGCUAAGACUCAAGGAUAUCGAGUUUGUAGAGAAGGCGCUCGAGGCCAAGAAGAAGAUCACUCGCCAAGGCGGCCAGAGUCUGGAGCAAAAGAAGGCGAGAGAAGAAGAGGCCACUAUUGAAAAGAUUCUGGCGUGGUUGAAGGACGGCAAGGACGUCCGCAAGAACUCCUGGGCCCCCAAAGAAGUCGAGGUUAUCAACCCCCUGUUUCUUCUCUCUGCCAAGCCGGUAGUCUACUUGGUCAACUUGUCAGAGAAGGACUAUAUCAGAAAAAAGAACAAGAACUUGGCCAAGAUUGCCGAGUGGAUGAAGGAGAAUGCGGCGGGGGAUCCCAUCAUCCCCAUCUCCGUCAGCUUCGAGGAGAGGCUAACGCGCUUCGAAACCGAGGAGGAAGCUCUUGCGGAGUGCAAGGAACUAGGCGUUGAGUCGGCUUUGCCCAAAAUAGUCACCAUGAUGCGCAAAGUCAUGAACUUGGGCAGUUUCUUCACUGUUGGCCCCGAUGAGGUCCGGCAAUGGACUAUUCGGAAUGGCACCAAGGCACCGCAGGCAGCAGGCGUCAUCCACACUGAUUUCGAGAAGACGUUUAUUCAGGCCAUUGUCUACAACUACCAAGUUCUCAGGGAGCUUGGCGAUGAAGCAGAGGUCAAGGCGAAGGGCAAGAUGAUGACCAAGGGCAAGGACUACGUCGUCGAGGACGGCGACAUCCUGCUAAUUAAGGCCGGUGCUGCCAAGGCUUGA